AUGCAGCAGCCACUCAGUCAGUCAUUUAGUCCAUUGUUUUCCCUCUAGCUCGCUAUUGUAUUGUACCACUCCAAGGAUUUGUGCUAUACUUUUUCUGUAUACGCGAUUCUAUAGGAAAAGCCUUUUUCCUGUUUUUGAAGACACUCAAAAUCUUGAUUCAUUUGAAAAGGAGAUUCCUAUUUUUCAAACUUUCUUCUUAUAAUUCAUUCCUUUUUUGUGUGAUAUUCUGAUCCUGUUAUAAUCCCACUUUGGCUGCCAUUGUAUGUGAGUACUGGAGUGGUUAAGAUUGGCUUGUUGUUGUGCCUCUGCUGCCAAUUUGUGAGGAAGGGAGCUCUGUAUGAAAUUUGACUGUAGUGGAGCUCAAAGGUGGGAGGAACCUCAGAAGAUGGUCUGAAUUGGAAGAGAGGGCAAUCUUCUCUGUUGCAAAGAGAGAGAAGUCAUCGGUUUUCAGGAAGAAAAGAGAGUCUGAUGUGGGACAACACCAUAAGGUGUUGGAUUUGAGGGUUUUAAAUUUCAUUCUUGGACAAACCAGAGAAAACAUUUAUUUCGCGAAGCGGGAAAAAGAAGUAUUUUGUUUUGGGAAAGAAUCUUUAGGUUUUUGCUUCACUUCAGUUUUACAACAUGGCUGGGAUGUAUGGAUGCUUCAAGAGCAGGAACAGUGACAGCGCUGCUAUGGCAUCAGGACCUCCAGAUGCGAUGGCCAAUCAGGAGCCUGCUGAGGUCGUGGAAGAGUGCUCAGGAAAGAAAAAGUCCAAGUUCCAGACGUUUAAAAAAUUCUUUGCCAGGAAGAAGAGAAAGGAGCAGACGCAGGCCGCAGGAGCAGAUGCGGGGCUUAAAGCCAGCCAAUCGAGCGACAAUGUCAGCAAGACAUCCGGAAAUAACACACUCACUCGAUCAGAGAUGGAUAAGGGCUCUGGGUCAAAGAUCAGCCUGGGCAGCAAGGCCUUGUCACAUGACUCUGUCUUUGUUUCUGACUCAUCGGAGGCCAACGAGGCUCUGGGGGCAUCCCAGGACAGCAUUCAUGGGAAAGUGAAAUCCCUACAGCUCCAGCUAAAGCAGGCCAUCAGACUCGGGUCUCCUCCAUCACUCAUGUGUGUGAAGAGAGCGGAAGAUGCUGGAAUCAUGUCUGAGGAUGACGGCCUGCCCUGUAGUCCACCUGAAUACACGACACUUCACACAGUCAUGAAUCAGGCUCAGAGGAACAGCUCGAUCAGUCUGGAGGGAAUAGAUAAUGAUGACGACCAGCUGUCCUGUGCUGCCUCCAGCAGAGCGGUGAGCCCCCUGGUGGUUCCAGGGGACUUCAGUCAGCCGGCCAGUCCCUUCGGCUGUCUGGAUAACUCCGCUGCCAAACACAAGCUGGGCCUGAGAUACAAAGCCUGCAACAGGAGGAAACCUGUCAGUAGGUUGGAGAUGAAAGCAGAGGGAGACUCUGUGGUGGAGGAGAUACUGAACACCUCUAUAACAGAAGCUUUGGAGAAGCGAGAACAUCAGAAGACAACAGAAGGUGUAAGUGGUGAUGAGCUGAAACCAAAAGUGGAGAGAGAAGAAGAAGAAGAAGAAGAAGAGGAAGAGGAGGAGGAGGAGGAGGAGGAGGAUCAGCCACAACAUUCCAGACAAUCCCUGUUGAAUGAUAAGGAGGAGAGGGAGGAGGGAGAAGAGGGAGAGGAGGGAGAGGAUGAGUCGGAAGCAGAACAGGAUGUGUCUCGCUGCCUGGACACUUCCUGUCCUCCUGAGCCGUGUCUCUCAGAGGAGGAAGCACCAGAUGCCCAGCCCCUGCUGUCCUUCGAGCCCAGCUCGAGAGCCUCCUCUCUGGACAGUCUUGGAGCCACGCCAGAGCCCCCUUCUGGUCCAAGAGAAUACUUGCUGGAUCCUCCAGGCAUUGCCUAUGGAGCCGAGGAGAACAGGGUUGAAAGUGACUUGGCACUGAGAGGAGAAGAAGAUGGAGUCCAGGAAAACAGGGAGGAGGAGAGCUCCUUCUUAGAGGAGGUGCUGAGCUCCUUGAAGACUCCCCUCGCGUCUUGCUCACUGGGCGUGGAGACUGAGGGUGUUGUCCUGGAGAUAGAGGAGGAGGUGGAGGAAGAGGAAAGAGACGAUGUAGAGAUAGAAGAAGGGGAGGAGGUGAAGGAAGACGAGGCAGAAGUGAAUGAGCCUGUCGGCUAUCAGGCUGCUCCAGCUGGCUCCCUCCUGGCAGAUCAGACCACUGAGGAAGAGGAAGAGGUUGCCACUUUGAGCACGAGUACUCCUUCUUGUCAAGAUAUUGAAGAAGAGGAGGAAGAGGCAGCAGAGGAGGAGGAAGAAGAGCUGGUGGUGGAACAAGUCAGUCAACAUGGUCAAGAAGAGGAAGGAAAGAAAGAGGAGGCAGAGGAAGUCAAACCCGAGAAACAAAAUGAAAUGCUUACAGGAAACACUGUCAACCAGGCAGAGGAAGAGGAAAGAGAAGAAGAAGACGAAAGUGAGGGAGAGGAGGAGGCAAUAGAGCUGGAGAAGGAGCCAGAGGUGGAGGAGGAGGGACGGGAGAAGAGGGAAGAGAACGAUGUGGAGAAGGAAGCAAAGGAGAGAGUAGAGGAGGCUGAGGAAGCAAUAGAAGAAGAGAGGGACGACGCAGAGGAGAUGACCGAGACGUUUCCUGAUGCAGCAGAUGAAGAAGUUAAAAUUGCUGUGCCGCAGCAGGAGACAGAUGAGGGUGUAGAUGUUGUGGUUGGGGAUGUCGCUGGGUACACCCCACAACACACCAAUGAUGAUCAGAUCCCUACAGAACUGGGUGAUCAGGUAUUUGCCAUAGUGCAUGAGAGUCAAGCAGCUUCCAAUCAAAGCUAUGGAAAGGAGAGGGAAGAUGGAGAAGAGGGAGUGGAGGAAGGCGUAGAGAUCGACCACACGGAACAAACAUCAGACCAAGAGGAAGAAAGUGAAGCAAACCGACCUGAUGCAGAUCAAAUUGAGCAAGAUCUGGAGCAGGGAGAUGUAGAAAUACCCCAUUUAGACACGAAGCAAGUGGAAAACGAUCAAACUGGAGCCACAGAACAAGCUACUGUUUUGUCGAAGCCUCCUUCUUUGUCUCUUCCAGAGUCCCAUUAUGAGACUCGGUCACAAGAGAGCGGAGCCAGCACUCCCAGUAAGACCAGCACUACCACUCUCCACAUAAAUCUACUCUCUCCAAGCUCAGAGAAAGUCACAUCUUUCUUUCAACAGUCCCCAACUGCUGCAUAUCCCAAAGAAAGUGAGACACCUUCUCAUGCUGUAGCAGCCGCAGAGCAAAAUACAGCAUCCACAGAAGAAGAACCGGCUGACACAAUGGAAACAGUAGAAGAAAAACAGUCGGCCCUGGAAGAAGAAGCUACACCCCCUGCCUCUGUGGAGGAAACAGUCAACCAGCCGUCCAGUGGUUCAGAUCAGAGCAAAAUCCGCUUCACCAUCGCCCCCGCCUGGCAGAGAUCGCUCUCUGUAGAAGAUGCCAAAGAGAGUUUGACUCCUCCCUCCUCCCCACCCGCCUGCGUCUCCUCUUCGUCGUCUGCCAUCACAGGGCCUGGAGGUGUGGAGGCGGAGGCUGCAACUACGAAGGACCCCGAAGUGAAAGCAGAGCCAGCGAGUACGGCUAAGGUUGAACUGGUGUUGUGUCCUGGUAGAGUGAGGAGUGCAGGGACCACCGCUGCCAAACCACAGAGCAACGCAACACCGCCUCCACCCCCCACUAAACCUCAGACCUUAGCUGCUACAAGCACGGAAGCGAGCUCUGGCGUAGUGGAGGGAAACCCCGACAAUCCAUUUGGAGUUCGGCUGAGGAAGACGUCAGUUCUGCACCGCUUCAGCUCAGAGGAGGAAAACACAGAGCCUCCCAUCGAGCCACCAACUCAGCUAACCAGCUGUAAAGUUGACUCACCACAGCCAAUCAGUGUAAAGCCCUCCAUAGGUCAGCCAGCCAGCAACAAACCCACCCUCCCUAAGAAACCAGAUGUAUAUGGAGACAAUGGAGGAAAAAACAAGCGCACCUCAGACCCAGCUGCAGUUCGUGGUGUUUCUGGGGGAUCUGAUUCUCCCAGCUGGAUCUCUAUGGCCAAACAGAAACAGAAGAUCUAUAAAGAAAACUCACUAGAAGAGAUAACUGUCAAGAAGGAGGAACAAGAGAGGAAGAGUUCACUGCCAAUGUUUGUCAGUUCAGCUGCAAGCUGGGAGCACAGCAACAAAACAGCUGAGUCCACCGGCAAAGUGAGUCCGUUGGAGAUCAGUAAGCCUUCAGCGUCUUUAGAAAAGGAGGCCAGGAGGGCUCUCUCUCCUCCAACUCCAGUGCCAUCCCAACCUCCUAAAUCCCUGUCGCUCCCCUGCCCUGUCCCUCCAAAACCCCAGGUUCCCCCUGCCACUGCGAAACACCCGCCCCAACCUAACCCACCCCAAAGAUCCCUGUCACCACCUACCCCGGUUCCUGUUCCCCAAAAAUCUCCCUCUUGCACAAGCCCGCCAUCUCUCUCCAAAACUGCCACCUCACCCAAGACACCCCAGCCCCAGAGCACAACACUUACCGCCCCUCCUUUUUCAUCGAGAACCGCCCUGGAAAAGUCUGGUUCAAGAGCUCCAGGGCUUUCCAGCCAGACCCCGUCCUCCCAGCGAGGCCUGCCUCCCCCAGCAUUGCCUCAGGACGAGCCGCCUUGGAUGGCCCUGGCCAAGAAGAAGGCCAAAGCCUGGAGCGAGAUGCCCCAGAUCGUCCAGUGACAGGCACAUGUUUCAGUAAGGUCUAGUACACGAGCCCAAGCUGGCUCAAAAAAGACCCAAGUGGGUCAGAUUUGAAAGGGGCAGAGAGUCUGGAUGGACCAGAAUGCAUUUGCACACAAAGAGUUGUUGUUUUCUGUUGUUUUCUUACUUCCUGGUUUCUACCCUGGCUUAAGUCUUCGGAUUGGUACAAACCCUCCAAUCACAGCUAAAGACAGGCUCAGAUGACCUCUUUCUUUCUUUACGUCCUUAUGUUGUACAUUCAUGUUUUCUAAAUGACAGGAUAGGACCACAAAAGUUAACGUGUCUUACUUGAAGUGGAUCCAUAUUUUUUUCAAUACAUACUUAGUAUGUUUAUAAGAUGCCUGAAUGAGAGAAAAUACCUGUAGUCUAACAGCAGUAAAUAUUAAUUUUUAUCUAAAGUAAUUUAGAUGACUCCAUUCGAUAUCACUAAACAUUUCAGGGAAGGGAAGAAAGAGACAUUAUUUUAUAACGAGGAUACUUUAUUCACAGAAAGUUGGUUAGACUGUCAGCCUCAGUGUGUGUGUGUGUGUGUGUGUGUGUGUGUGUGUGUGUGUGUUUUAUUUUAAGGCUGUGAUACAUGCUCACAUUUUGAGGAAUGUGGAAAAUAUUGUGACCUGAGAGUAAAACGGUAUUACAUCCAAGUUAAGCUGGAGAAGAAUUUGCUGAACUGACUGCUGCUGGUCAUGAGUUUUGGUAAAAUUUGCUGAUCCACGGUUCCUCAAACUGCUGUCUGUGUAUCGGGUUCUUUAGACAAAUAUAUUUCUUGUAACAUAAUCCACAGACACUAAACUAAUGAUGUUUGUUGUGUUAGCGAGUGCUCAGUGUGUCCAAUAUGUUCCAGGUUGUCAAUGCAAAUUAUAUUUUUAAUUUUCUCUUCUGAUAUUUUGAAUAAAUAACUACAGAGUAUCUAUCAGCACCCUACAUAAACCUGCUAUCUCCAAAAAGUCAUCUGUUCAGGAAUCAAGGAAAACGCUCAUCACAUUGACUUUCAUGUGUUUUUAAUACUUUUCAGUGCAUCAUUGUGUUGUUGUGCUGCGGGUUAUGAAACAUUUUCCAUUGUAAAUGAAACCAAAAUUAAUAUACCGCUAAUUUACUUGGAGAUUGAUUUGCUGCAGGAUGCAAAGCAUCACUAAAGGAAAGCAAGUUUCGCGGCUGAAAGUUUUCUUUGUAUCCAUUAAAUCUUAUCUAUCUCACAGUAACUAUAUGUUUUAUGCAUUUUGUUUUAUUUUCUAUUGCCUUUUGAGAAUUUGUCUUGUACAUAAAAUGUGAAGUAAAUGAAAUCACUUUU